CGAACCUACAGCGAGUGCGAAAUCUUCAACCCAAGCGGGAAUGAAGCAGGACAGCCAGAGUAAAGAAGCCAAUAUUAAACAUCAAGCCACGAGUAGUACAAGCACUAGCACGACUAGCAGGAAGAAUCCUCAUCUACUUCCUGGAGUCACUGACACUGCAGCUUCCUCGAUCCCAGCAUCUUCUAAGAAGGUUAAUGGUACUAUUGGUAAAGCAUCAUCGAAAGGGACUACUUCUAAGAUGAGUAAGAACCCACAAGCACACGAAGAUGAACACGAGCAAUUCAAGGGUUCUGCUGCUUUUGCAGUGAUGCUAGUCCGUGAUCAGCCAGAUUACAGUACGAAAGCAUCACGAGGACCGAAAAAGCACGAUCCGAAGAGGAUCACUUCUGAAGCGCAUAUGGAGGGAGCAGGAUUAUUGAGUAAUUGCUAAUUGUUUCUUCCAGGAGUAGUUUCAGGUACUAGAGAUCCAUCGAUCGCAGUAGAUUAAUAUGCCGUAUGAAGAUAAUGGUGGAAGUAAGCCCAUCGAAGAUCGAAGUAGAUUAGUAUGCCGUAUGAAGAUAAUGGUUGAAGUAAGCAGCUGUGCCCGUGGUCUAGUUCUAGUCGUUGUGGAUUCAACACGACAAAGCUCUUCUUGUAGUGGUGACUUUCUGACACCCAUGACCACCACUACCAGAUGAACGCGCAUUCUUGCACGGUCGUGGGAUGCUGGUCCCGCCAGUGGGAAUUCACUUAGACAAAGCUGUGAAAGGAGAAGAACUAGAUCACAGGGGUCACGCGUACCAUGAAUGCGCAUCGCCGUUUUACAUGCCGAACGUCAGCGAAGAGCAGAAGCAGGAGUGGAGGCGAAUCGUUGAAGAAAACAAGCACUUUUUGUUAUGGCUACCCCCCCACUUCUUCUACUGGAUUCUAAUGUUCUUGAAGAAACUGAAGAUUCAUCUAAAACCGGUUGUCUUGGUACUACUUUCUAAGUCUGCAGGACUUCCAACAGGAGGUGGAGCUGGCUGAAGACAUCAAGCAGAGGAGAGGGCAACUAGAAACCGAGGAUGUUGUCGGACUUGGUGGAAUAGGACGUGGAGGUAGAAGCUCGCCAUCAAAAAGUAAAAAUCUUGCUAGUGCAACUCCUAAUACUAGAAGUGUCGACCAGGAAGAAGUUGACGACGACACAGAAGAUGCUAGAUUGCAAGCAGUAGAAGAGGUGGGCACUUCUUCUUCUGGAGAAGACUCGGGAACUCACGUGAAAAUAGGGCAUGUGGCAAUGCACAAGAAGGACUUCACGGAAACGCUGAAGCGACACAUCAGACCAAAGAGUUCUACGCCAUCACCAAAUCGGAAAAACAAGACGGACCAAGAAGUAGAUGACCUCAAGUCUACGAGUGACGUUCUUAGCAUAACGGGUAGGGGAGUUCUUGAAGAAAGGGCGGAGCAAGAAAAUGGCGUUGGUACAACUGCUAUCGUUCUUUUUGCCGAUAAGAGUAAGACUCGCUUGGCCAUGAUUGUGAAUGAUGAUGCUGCCUGUCAUGAUCAUCUCUUACUGUAAGUCUUAACCUCAUUGACAAAAAUCGCAUUCUCGCAACAAAUUACAUCAGGCGACGACGUUUCGGUAAGAAGUGGUGGAAUUUCCCCGCGCGCGAUCGAAGCCAAGUGGAGGAAGAGUGGGGCCUCUGUAUUACCAUUGCUGGAUGAGCUGGAAAAAGAGGAUGACCCCUUAUGAUGCAAAGACUUCUGAUAGUUUCUACUUUACCGACAGACUUCAAUAUAAUUGUCGUUAACAAAAGGUAAUAUCCUCAUCCUCGCUCUUUCGUGUUUGAAUCUACCAAGCAUCCACUAGGAACAUGAACUCGAUCCUCCAUUUCUAACGGCCGGCGACCUCCGGGAGAAGAUCCUGUUGCCAACAUCGCCACUCUUCCGUCGGGAGUUGUUCAAGAAGGCUCACAAGGUGCUGCAGAAGGUGAAGCUGCGACAGCACGUGGCCGCGUACGAACAGCAGGAGAAUGUGAAGUACACACGACUGUUCAUGACUUGCGUGAAAGAACUAGCUUUGACGCGAGCUAGAGAAAAGGAGCAAGAGAGGUGGAGACAGGAACUUUUACAGGAAGAAGCAGAGAGACGUGAGCAGGAGUUAGCGAAUGUUAAGGGUAGGCUAUAAAGGUUGUGCUUUUGUUACCGUUUGUUAUGGCUCUCUCCCUUAGGCGGGGACAGCCAUAACAAGCGGGAUAAACGAACACCAAAAGCCUCCCUCUAAUAAUGGCAAUGCUAGUGGAGCAGCAGUAGUAGGCUCUACGAAUCGUUCGAAAAACACAACACCAGGGGGUAGUGGAGCAGCUGUGCUACCACGAGGUGAUAGAAGUAGAAGCCCCAGCCCGCAUGCCGCAGUUGGGGGAGGAUCGCUAGGUGCUAGCACAACGAGUACUCAUAUUCAUCAUGGUCAUCAUCAUGGUCAUCACAAACAUGUUAAAACGUCGGAGCAACAAGAGGAUGCUGCAGAAGGGCGUGCAAAUCGGCGUAGCAAAGAACGCGUCAGUCUGCUUGCAGAAUAUCAAGAUGAACUGGACGGUUUAGAAGCGAUAACAGUGACUCCGAGAGGCGGCACUCACGUAGUAGACAUAGAAGCAGCGAAGAGGAUCCAUAGAUCUCUGUCGGCAGACCAAUCACUCAAGAAAUUGGCAGAAGCAGCGAAGCAAACAGAAGAAUACAAGUUGAGAAAGAUGAGUCAACAGCAUCAGAAAGAGCAUGGAUUGCUUCAAAACGGUAGUGGAGCCUUUCAGCCAGCUCAGAGAAGCGUUUUGCUCGGGCAGAACAUGAAUCUAGGGUCGUUGGUUCCGGCUUUGAAGUCUGCUGCUGGUCAGAGUGGUUUUCUUGCAACAAAAGCGCUUGCGUCGCGUACUGGCGUUGCUGGUGCUCCUUCAUCGAUGAUGCAGCUGCAGCAAGAGGAUGGCCAGAACAACAUCUUUUCUCCCGUGACCUCUAAAGAAACCGUCUCCAAUGCGGGUAGUCCUGGUGGUAGUAGAGAAGUAGUGGACACGGAGGACACUUUCACCGUUAGCAACCCACUCCUGAUCAUGAAGGAUAGUCUAGACCCGGUGAACAAGGGUGCAGCAAAGAAGAAUCUCGGCAACGGUCUUGUACCAUUCCCCAAGAAGCUUGACAUGCCAGGAGGAGUAGGGAUUAGCACCAAAACUGCUGCAGGUGCAACCACAGAAGUGCCGUCUUUGCAAGAUCAUAUACGAAUGAACAAAUUUAUUUCAGUGAAGAGCACAUCACAGAAUUGUGGUGGAGCACUAGCGCCGACUUCAGCAGCACGAUUGCAGUUGAAUCUGGGAGACCUAGGCCUAGGACGCGGAGGAGCAGGAAUCGCUUCUUCGAAUGUCAGUAUCCUUGGCAAUAGUGUUGGCGUCGUACCGGGUUCUGGCCCUGUCAUAGCGGAGAACAACAUGAGCAUGAUGCCUGUGAGUGCUCCAGUGAGUGCACGCGGGGAGCGGCACGUCGUUCCCAUUACUGGUGCUGGCACCCUCACGCCCAUGCUGAAGCCGUUGCCGCUAUUUGCGACGCCACAACCGACAGCAUUUAAAACCGCUGCACAGGCAGAAGCCCCUCUUCGGUCAUCUUCCCCUAGUAGUGCUAACCAACAAGGCAAAAAGGAUGCUGAUCGAAGUAGUAGUACAACACGAAGGCUUCUGUUGCUAGAUCAGAAGCUGGAAGCGAAUUUCGAAUCCUUCAUGCCUCAAGGCUCACCGUUUGCGAAGGCUGGAGCUGGACAACGCUCGGCACAGAAUGACUUAUGAGUGCGAGUGGUCUUAGAUUCACUUAUACUUUCUUGAUGUUGAAGAUCAAAGAUGUUGACGUCUGUGUCUAAAAUAAGUUCUUUGUCGUGCACGCAAUCCACGGUGGUGCAUCCUCUAAUCUGUUCUAUGCAACUUGGCGCAUCGGCAUCAACGGCGUCUCUGCAGCCUGGCAGCGGAUCGAUGACAGCUUUCCUUAGUAAUGCUUACAUGAGAGCAAAAAACGAAGCGGCAGGGAAAUCAGCUUCAGCUCGAGGCGCCGCCCUUGAAGGACAACAGCAAGUACUUGUUCUUUCAUUUCUUUGGUACUACAACACCAAGAACAACUACCAGGUUGUAGUUGACGAAGAUGAUUUAUCUGUCUAAAGACCCAGACCCACAACUUGUUGACUUCAUAAAUUCUAUCCUCCAUAAAAACCGGGACCCACAACUUGUUGACUGCAUAAAUUCUAUCCUCCAUCAACUUGAACAUCUCAGCGUGACAAAACAGCAAGUAGUGCAAUGUCAAGUGCGCGUGCGCCUACAUUGCUGCGAGCAGACUCGUUCCGGAAUGACUUGUCGGCGAGGGGAAGAGGGCUUUCCAUAAACCGAUUGGAUCCUGGUCAGGCACCUGGCGUCUCCACCGAUCCGUUCAGAGGGUACUAAUGGUUUUUUUCCCCUUGCUGGGUAUGAUGAUGUCAUCAUUUCAUUUCCAUGGAACGUAGUACAGGAUGUAAAAAGAACACAUCACAGAAGAGUUUAAUAUUACUCGUUUACUUUAAUCUAACACGAGCAUCACCACCACAAGGACCACCAUCUCCAUCAGGCAAGUGAUUGCCGGCACGAUUUGCAAGGUCAACGUCACGUCCACCUCACCGGGUAGUGGGCACCAUGGUGUCACAACCACCUCUUUUUCUCCUCAAACUUCGAAAUUGCUGUUUACGAAAUUGCCUGGUGAUGAAGGUAUGAAAGACAUCAAAGACAAAUUCCAGAAGGUGAUGUCGGGUCUGACUCAACCGAUAGUGCCGAAUUGGACUGGGGAGGCACCGAGUUCGUAGGCGGGAGAAGAGGUUCUUGGAGCAGUCCGAGUCUCCAGUUCGUAGGCGGGAGAAGAGGUUCUUGGGGCAGCAGGAGGAAUGUGGACGACAUUGAGAAGUGGUUUUGCAGUCGUUGUUGUACUUCGGACAUUUUAGUUUUACUAGAAGAUGCUAGCUUGCACAUACUUGCAAUGCAUCAACCAUAAUUAUGAAGACCAAAUCUAUCACGUAUCGUCGUGAAUGAAAAGCAUACCGAUGCUGGAUGAUAUCCACUUACUAAAUGAAAUUCACACACGACGUAAAACACAUUCAUACAAUCUAUUCGACAUGAACAUCAGAAGAAUUAGUUUGACUACUUAUCUUUCUGAACAACUCGACAAUUACAAUCCAACAAAUAUUUCACCAAAAAAUUUAGACAGUCAUAGCAAUCAACAUUGUACUGAAUAGUAAUGGAAAAUGCAGUGCUCACUGACGACAAGUUCUGUCGCUGAGAAAAUGUACAGAUUGAACAAAAACAUCCAUAAAAAACUAAGACUAACAUAAUAUAUUGAAUCGGAUUGAAAACUGAUUAUCCUUAUAUAUAAUAAAUAUAUACAACAUAGAAAAGUAAAAGCCCCAGGUGCCGGUGGGGCUCGUUGUGCAGGAUCCAUAACCUAACCUAACCUGAAAUACUCUCCGCAAAGUAAGUUUAAGUAGACAGGAAAACAUAAGAAUAGCACGAUAUUCUCGGGAGAAUGUACCUCGGUAUCCUCACAAAAAGAUUUUUUCAAAACAGUCAGACAAGCGUGUCUGUAUACAAGAGCCCGUGAUUUUUCAUUCUUACUAUGAGAACAUAUGACUUGAUUGGCAUCUUUGUACUAACAAUCAUCUUAAAAAUCUUCACAAAAAUAUCACAGUAGUGUACCAAUGUUGUCGUAUUUGGAAAUACCUUUCUUGUACAAAAUUUAUUGACUUACCAUUGCCGUUGCCGUCCAGGAGUGGAUGGAAACGGACUACGAUCCACAUGCAUGCAAACAAGACCACCUGAAGGUGACGACAGGAUCUUCUCAUUAAGGCUAGAGUACGAUUAUUCGAUCGUCGGCGUACGUGCC